AUGAGCAGUCUUGACACAGUCGGGUCAUUGCUUGCGGCCAUUGCUACCCUCCUCGCCCAAGGAUUGCGCAUACUCAGCUUAGCUGACAAGAGCCAUUGGGGCCCUGACGAGCACGAGCAGGUUCAAGCCCUUGCUGCUGCGCUGGACGAGGCCAAGAAGGACUUUCAGGAGCUGGCACCUUUGGUCAACGGUCAGAUAUACUACGAAACCGACCGAAAACAUGAAUCCCUUGAAGAGCUGAGAGCUUUGAAGGCUCAUUUCACCUCGCACAUAGAACAGAUAAAGGAUUGGAGCCGUUCGGGCGGUCCGAUCAACCCGAUAUGGGUGCGCGAGACGCAUACUUUACAACGAAAGCUACAUAGAGCGCAAUGUCGGGCGGCAAGACGAAUAUACACGUCAGAAAAGGAAGGAUCUUCGAGAUGCUUGGGAGCAUUCCUUAUUUAUCGACAACAACGCAAAUGGGCAUUGGAUAAAACCGUACCAGACGAGCUCGAAUAUUCACAAAGAUACCGGGAGGAAUUGCGCCUGUGUAACGCUAUAGGAUCGUUCAAGAGGUUCGGCGAUCGCGAUAUUGCCUUCGUGUGCGACUACUGCGACGGUCAUAUAAUAUGGGAGGAUAUUGAGAACAUGCCCUCGAUACGAACGUUUCAAGAAGCCGCGGCGUCUCCGAUCUUGACGUUAUCGCCAACCCCCGAUAACCCCCACUGGCAAGCGACAGGUUUCACUCAAUCUGGACAUCAGGAGAAACAGGUUGUAUUUGCGCCAGUCGCCAUCGCAAACCAUGUCACACCGCAACACCGCGACUGGCUGGCUGGUUUGUUGUGCCAAUACUGCGAAACAGAAUCAACAGUACCUCAGGAACAGUACGACGAUGAGGAUGCAUAUCGACCAGAUCUAGGAUACGAAGAUAUGGCUGCGCUUCAGGAGCACCUCGAAUGGCAACAUAUAGUGACCGCACCAACAUCGCAGGCACAAGCGACUUCGAACGAUUGCAUAGUCAUGUAG